AUGAGUCUCGACCAAGCAACAAAUGGUGCCCAGACGCCUUCUGAACCUAUUGAGGCUCCUCCUAACUCUCCACAAGCUCUUAAGGAACUCAUCAAAUAUCUAAGCCUUCCUGACUUGGACUCCCUCUACUUCGUCACCGAAACUGAUCUCCUGAACUACUCUCAACUACACCCUCUUGACCUACCUACCCGUGUCAAGUUCCAACAAGCUCUUAGACACUUCCAACCUUCAUCUACCACUACUACUACAAAGUCUGAUUCAAAGUCUACUACUACACCAUCCACUGCUACCACUAAAUCUGUCCUUGCCGAAUCGGCAAUGCCGAUGCUUCAUCUCAAAACUCUCAAGCCCUCAUCCUCUGACAGCUACCAACCCCACGACUCUCAAGUUGAGAGUCUCAACGCUCCCGACAACAAAGCGUGGCUCGGUCGACAAGAUCAACGCCCUAUAGCUGCCUAUAUUCGCUGA